AUGACUUUGGUUGAUAUAGGGGAAUUAAAGAAAGAGUUACAUACUCGCCAUGGUCAACAUCUAAAUGCUACUGUGAACAAUAGGGUUCAAGGAUUACUCCCAGAUGAUAUCUGUAAUAAAUUAAAGGAUUUGAAUCUUAAAAGUUCUGAACCUUCUGAAGGGAAGUUAAAUAUAUCUUUGAAACAUAAUACUUUCUCUGAAGGGAAGUUAAGAGACAAUUUUCCCAAAAUGAAAGAUUCAGAGAAAAAUAAUUUUGGAGAUGACAUCAAUGAAAUAGGUGAUCAAUUGAGAAAUGUUAGAAUCACAGAAAAAGAAUAUAACUUUCCUGUUAAGAAUGCAGGAAUAGUCCUGAAUAUUUUGUGUGACAAUAAUGCUCAGGAUAACAAAAACUACAAAAUAGGUAGUAAUAUAAAUGAUGAUCAAGAACAACCACUUUGUAAUGAAAAGAAGAUAUCGAAAACAGAUGCAUUGAAACAUCAAGGAGUGUAUAGGAAAGCUAAAUGUGAUUCUUCAUCCUUGGUACAUAAUGAGGUAGAGAAAGAAGGUGAUGAAAGUACUGAGAAAAAGAAUUAUGUGUCUGAGGAUUCUAAAAAAACUGAUGAAAAAGUGGUAAUUGUUUCUCGAGGGCCUGUUUCCCAAAAGAUAUAUCACCAACCUUAUAAUCCAUGUUCUCGUGGUCAUCACAGUGGAGGAAGAGUUCGUGUAACAGAGCACCCUUCUCUGCCAACUAUGAAUGGUUAUCAGUCAUGGUCUUAUAAUUCACAAUUCAAUAUUCUUCCAAAUGAACAAGAGCAGUAUCCUCCUAGUAUGGAAACACCUUUUUUACCUGGGGCUGCAGCACCUACUGCAAAUAUCAAUACAACUUCUAUACAUGAUAUACAAGGAAUUUCUGUUGAUGAUGAAAUUAAUUUAACUGUUGGGAAGAUACUCCAGGAGCAUCCUUACAUGGCUAAACUUUGUGACGAAUUGAGGUUCGAUGCUUGCAACAAUACAGGAGGCAUGGCUGGAGGCAAUAAUCAAAACGCAGGGAAGAUUACCGUACCUGGUUCUCCUGGGGACAGUGGUUUUUCUGAUAGCUCUCCUGGAAGUUGUUAUCCCCCAUCAGUGGGGUCAGGGACUGAUUCAGUUCUAGAUACUCCUUCCCCUAGAAAUGAUUACUCUCCUGAAGUACCAUAUGAUAAUCUUGGAAUGAGGGUCUCAGACAGUCCGGAGGGGCAAGUUAUUGACAAAUGGUUUGAGAUGUUGCCAACUUGCAAUGAAAGACCUGGUCCAAAGGUAGAGCAAGACAUGCAGAAGGGAUCAACCAUGUCGAGUCAAGUUAUGCAGCACGGACCACUCCCACAUGGCCCACAACAAAGACCACUCCCACCUGCCAUAAUCUACGACCUGGAAAACCUAAAAGAGAUACCAGACAUACAAGGCCAGCCAACCAUUCCAGACCAGCCAAUCGUUUGUGUACGAAACAUUCCAGGUAGUAGAUUGGGAGCGAGUCCAAACAAAACCCAAGGAACUAGAUUCCCUAAAAUAUUGCCUAAGCCAGAUCUAUCUUCAGCAAAAGCAAGAUUCCAGAACAUACUUGACAAGGAACGAAGGUUACUUGCGUGGGUGAAGAUAAAUGAAAAAGUAAUAGCAGAUUCAAAGCAAUUAGAAAGUCAAGAUGCAGAAGGAGAUACGGACUUGAUGAUUUUAUGCUGCAAUAAAUCUGAAAGUCAUCUGGAAAUGAUUUAUGCAGUGGUAGAAACAUUGCGACAAAAGCCUAAUUCUCUCACCAUUAGAAACAAACAGGGACAUUCUGCUUUGUACCUGGCUUGUGAAGUUUUGUAUGAUGUACCUGAAGUUGCAGCAUAUAUUGCAGAAGCACUAAUUGAACAGAAGGUUGAUGUGGCAAAUAUGACGUAUGAUGGAGGCUUUACUCUCAUUGAAAUACUUGAAAAGAAAGGAGAUACUCAUAAGAAAGUUCUUGAAGGACUUCUUGCUCUCAAGGACAGUUCUGGAAAAAAUGUUUUUCAGCGAGGAGGUGAUGUGAAUGCAAACUACUUCAAAGAUUUCAAGGAGUCCAUCUUACCACUAUAAAGCUUGCGUGAUUGUAAUCACCACUAGUUUAAGUGCAAAUGAAUGUACAAUUCUAUAAAUAAGCAUCUUUCCAUGUUUUCAUGCCUACUUAUAGAGGAAAUUAGAAGUUAUAUUCCUUCUUUUAUUCUUAGUGUGUUCAUUAGAUUUUUAUCACUGUUAUAAUUUUCUUAAUGAUAGUAAUUUUUUUUUCAUAAGGCUUGUAUGUAUAUAUAGAGUGACGAGCUAACCUACAUGAAUCUGUAAAGUUGCGGGGGACCUGACAUUUUGUUUUUAGUGUGUCAACCAACAGCAACAUAUUGAUAAGCAAGUUGUCAAACAUUUCUCUCCUUAUUUCAUAUUGUUUAGGUCAUAUUUCAUGUUAUAAGAACAAACUUGUAUGAAGGCAAGGAUUUGAAUAUAUUUAUUUUAUAAGCUUUCUUUAGAGAGCAUGAUCAACUUCCGGCAACAUUUUGGCUGUGUUUAUGUAUUAAAAUGAUAUUUUAAAGUUGUUCCCAAGACAAAUAUUUUUCAUAACAUACUUCACAUUUUAUCCUGAAAAAAUCUUUUGUUUUUCUUUCAGUAGAGAAAUUUCAGUUCUCAAAAAUAACCAACUGAACAAUACAAUUGACAGUGAAGGAAAGAUGAAAUUAAGUAUUUUCAUUCUUUUGCAGCUCUACUGUUGUUAGAAUAAUGUAUGCUUGUUAAAAUGGUCUUCUUUGUAUUUUAUUGAUGUUAGACUUUAUUAGGCAUGAAUGAUGUAUGUAGAAAUUCUAUUCAUGUUCCUUUAAUCAUGUCCUAUAUGGUUAUGUGUAAAUAAGUUGAUAAAUAUAUCAGUAAAUCAAAACAAAGAAUUACAUAAAAAGUAUAACAAUUUUUUACCUUAUACAUACUCAUACUAUUUGUGAACAAAAUCUUCAGAUAAUAUGAGGAUUUAAUUUUAAGAAGUUUUUUAGAAAAUAAAUUUAAGAUUGAUAAUUUGGUAAUUUUGAGUAUUGAACAAAAUAACAUGAAUGUAAAUGUAUUUCCUCAAAUUCAUUUAUGAUGUUCCAUGGUUUGUUAAGUGUUUGUUCAUUGUUAUAAUUAAAAAUACCCAUUUUCAGGAACAAGUAAUGAUUUAAAAAUUAAUAAAUUGAAUGCACAAAUAAAACUUGAAACAUUAGCAUAUUUAAAAACAAUAUCAAAUUUACCAAUUUCACAUUUUAAUAUGAGUAUGGUAAGAAUGGAUUCAUUUCAUUAAUCAUGAUUUAAAAUGAACUACUGAAGGUGCUUCAAGAAAAACUAAAUAUUGAUAGUUAUUUGUUAUGUUGCCUAAUCAGUUUCAGAUGAAAAUGUUUAUAUCUAGUAUAAAUGUUUAUUAAUUUUAAGAUAUUAUUACUGUUGGAUUACAUAAAUCUAUUAAACCUUUUGUUUUUGUAUAACCUUUGUUAGUAGAUGAACUGUUACAAUAGCCUUAAUGUGCUAUAUGCUAUAUGUAAUAAUAGAUAAUAGUAUUGUUUGUACAACAAAAUUGAUUACAAAAAUAAAUUUUAGAUUUGUGGAGAGGAAGUUUCUCAAUAUUUUAAUUCCUCUCUUAUCUUGCACAGAAUUUUGUUAUUUCAAGUAAAUGCAUAUAAAUAAAUAUUAUGCUUCUGCAAUUAUUGUGUCUAAUGAUUCUUUUUUGUUACUGUAGCUUUCAAAUGGAAAGAGUACAGAAGUCAAUGUGUAGGUGAAUUUAUAUAAAGCUUAAUAAUAUUUUUAUCUAUAUACAUAUAAUGUUUCAACGCUGUAGUGUAUGAAUCAAGUUAAUUUUACACAUUUAAUUAUGAAAAAUAUUAUGUGCUGAUGCAAAACUGCAAAUUUUAUAAUUGGUGCACUUCAAAUGUUUUGAAUUUAGAAUUCACUAUAGACAGAUUGAACAAAAAUAUAUUAUGACGGAGAAUUUAUUUUUUGUAAUGAAUUUUAAACAAUUCAAAAAUAAACAAGUUUGCAAUUGUAGAGAUGUAAGAACAGUGUUUUAAAGACUUUUAUUCUAGGGGAUUAUUAUUAUUAAUAUAAUGACUUGAGUUCGGAAGUUCAUGCAACUUCAUAAGUUUGCCUGCAAAUAUACUCUAAAAUGCAGAAAUACGUGAAAUUAUCUUAAAAAUGUGCAAGACAUAUUUACAAAUUAAGUGUAUCUGUAAUGUAAUCACAAUGCACUAAAAUUAUAUUAACCUUAUAUCAGAGAACAUAGAUGUUUAUCAGUGGCAAAAAAAUAUUUAAGUUCAUUAGUAAAUUUAAUUUUGAAUUUUAUAAUUUAGCAAGAAUUUUAUUUUUAUAUCAAGUAAAGGAAUCCCCCUAAGUGGUCACAAGCAUUUUAUAUUUUAUGGAUGAUUUCUAAAUUGCAUGAAAAGAUUCUUUCUAUUUCGGAAUGUUAUUGUGAUAUGUAUUUUCUUGAAGAAUUAAUUCUCUUUUUUUCCAAUUGUCUGAGAAAGAAUCAAUUUUCUCUUUUUGGAGUUGAAGUUCCUCUGACUGGGAGGUCCUAGGUUCGAGUCCUGGUGGUGGCAGGAAUUUUGACAUUAGCUUGCCAGCUAGUUUGAAUUCACUCGCUGUCUGGAGGAGAAGGUCGGCUGCUCUAGUUGUAGGUUUCUCCAAUCAACACCAGGCG